AUGGAUGGAGUUAUACUAUCUGGAAAUAGUGGAUUUGGUUUGUGCAUGUUGUCAGAAAAUAAAAAUAUCAUUGAUGACGAUGAUUAUGAAACUUAUAACGAUGUUGAAGAUGACACCAUUGAUGAUAAUAAUAAUGAUGUAAAUGUAAUUGAUACUGAAGAUGAAGAUAAUACAAGAAAAAAAACAACCAAUAAACUUUAUUAG